AUGGCCACGGCGCUGCCCCCCACGCCGGCCGGCGGGAGCCGCUCCGUCAGCCGCACGGCCGAGUCCUCGCUGAGCCCGGCGCGGCUGAGCCGGCUGCAGGAGAAGGAGGAGCUGCGGCAGCUCAAUGACCGCCUGGCCGCCUACAUCGAGCGGGUGCGGGCGCUGGAGGCCGACAAGUCGGUGCUGCAGCAGCGGCUGAGCGAGCACCAGGCGGGCAGCGACCGGGAGAUGGGCUGCCUGCGGCUCCGCUACGAGACGGAGCUGGCCGACGCCCGCCGGGCGCUGGACGACAUCGCCAUCGAGCGGGCCACGCUGCAGGUGGAGCUGGGCAAGAUUGGCGAGGAGCACCGGCAACUGCACGUCAGGAAUUCCAAAAAAGAAAGUGAUUUAAACGUGGCCCAGGCUCGUGUGAGAGACCUCGAUGCCCAGCUAAAUGCGAAGGAAGCUGAUUUAGCAACAGCCCUGAAUGAGAACCGGACUUUGGAGAAUGAGCUCCGUGAAUUAAAGGAUCACGUACUCAGUCUGAAUCUGUCACUGGAGGAUACUAAAAAGCAUCUCCACAGUGAAAUGUUGAGGAGGGUGGACCUAGAAAACCAUAUGAAAACAUUGCAGGAAGAAAUGACGUUCCAGAAGCGCCUUCAUGAAGAUGAGCUCAAGGAGACAAAAAGAGUCCAUGAGAGCAGGAUAGCAGAAGUAGAAUCUGGUCGUCAAAGAGAAUUUGAGAGCAAGCUCUCAGAUGCUCUGCAGGGGCUCAGAAAACAGCAUGAAGAACAAAUUCAAGGCUACAAAGAGGAGAUGGAGCGAACAUUCAGUGCAAAGGUGGAGAAUGCCCAGCUAACUGCAGCAAGGAACUGUGAGUUUGCCAAUGCUGCUCGGGAGGAGCUGAUGGAAACACAGAAGAGAGUUGAUACUCUGAUUUCUCAAGUUAAUCAAUAUCAAAGCCAGAAUGUUGCUUUGGAGAGCAAAAUAAAGGAGCUACAGAAUUUGCUGGAUUACGAUCGUGAUCUCCAUCGACGGCGUAUGGCUGAGAAGGAGGAAGAAAUGGCACAAGCUCAGAAGCAGGCACAAGCACAGCUGGAAGAGUAUGAGCAGCUCUUAGAUGUGAAACUGGCUCUAGACUUGGAAAUAAAUGCGUACAGAAAGAUGUUGGAAGGAGAGGAACAGAGGCUAAAGCUGUCACCCAGUCCAUCUUCACACAGCACAGCAACUCAAGCAGCAAGUCAGGGCCGACGAUACCUGCAUGGGAAGAAAAGGAAAAUCAAAGAAACCAAGAAGAGGGAGCAUAGUACUGCACUUAAGACUAUUCAGCAUGUUUCAGCUACUGGAAAUAUAUCUAUUGAAGAGAUUGAUGCAGAUGGGAAAUUUGUCAGGCUUAAAAACCACUCUAAUGAGGAUCAAUCUCUACAUGGCUGGGUGUUGAGACGACGCAUUGGAAGUGUGGCAGAUGUGAAUUACAAGUUUCCUUCAAGGUUCACUCUUCAGGCAGGCCAAGAAGUUACAAUCUGGGGUGCAGCUGCUGGUGUUAGCCCAGGUCCUAGUGAUCUGGUCUGGAGGUCUCAGAAAUCUUGGGGAACUGGAGAUAAUAUUGGUGUUACACUCAUCACAGAUGAUGGUGAGGAACUUGCAGAGAGGAAGAUAAUGCUUGUACCCAGAGAAGAAGAAAGUGAGCAAGAUGAUGAUUAUGAAGAAAUAACUGGAAGUGAAGCAGAGUUUUCAUCUCAGACCAAAAGAAGAAGAAAAAAGAAAUGUUGUUUGGUUUCAUGAUAGUGGUUCCUGUGAGCAUCCUUAAGCAGCAAAAUGAAGAUCCCAGCUGUUCUGUCAUGUAAUGUGGACAAUAAUCUGAAACCACAUCUCAGUCCCAGGUGACACAGACUGUAUGUGUAUUGAUAUCUUCUGUCAUAUCUGGAAUUUGGAACUCACAUAUUCCAUCUGACGUCUUUGUGAGAAGCAUUGUCCAUUACAUGAUGGAAUCUCCUGCCUUCUGAUACUGGACCCUGGCCUUGGAUUCACUGAUACAAAGAGCAGUAGAGUACAAGCUCCAUGUGAAGUUGUUUUUACUUUUACACAAGGAUCUGGUUUCUGUGACCUGCUGAAACAGAAGGGUACAGAGUUUACAAAGCUUCUAAACACGUGCCCUAGAAGGAUGUUAAAUACUUGACAAAGAACAUGAGGCUGCCUCAGCUUUCUCAAUAUUCUGACAUGGAGUUCUCCAAAGGUAAUUUCUUUUUCCAGCCUGAGUGGGAAACAUGGGACCGAUCAUACCUUUGCACCUUGAGCAAGUCUGAAGUAAAACACUGUCUUGAAGAGUGAUGAGUGGUCUGAAAUGUUUCCUGCUCAGAUCCUGAUGCAGAGAUACAUAAAACUGGUCUGGAUCACUUCCUAGAGUGAAACACUUUAGAAUUAAAAGCAAGUUGUCAAAAAUAUUCCUUCCUGUUAUUAAAUGUACUGUUCCUCUAGUCUAGCACCUGGAAGUCCCUGUUUCAGUAUUGUAUAUUCCUAGGUACAAUGUAUCACAGCAGAGCUGUGCCAGCCUUAACUUAGACAAAUGUAUCCUGAAAAUGUGAAAAAGCAUCUCAUUCUGACAGAGCAGGUACUGUGACCUGUGCUGCUAGCACUGUUUGAUUGGUCCCAACAGCUUUCUAAGGGGCUGGAGAGAAACAAAUGCUACGUCAAAAAUCAAAGCUAGAAAGCCCCAACUGUAGUGAAAAACACAUCAAACUUGCUGCUCUUGGAGCCUUUAUGUGCUAAAUCUCCAUGCAGGCUGCAGCUCCGUGCUCCAUGGAAUGCUGUCCUGUCACCCUCAGGAGGGGACAGUCAGCCCAGGGGCACUGCUGUCACUCUGUCUCUCCUCCUGCUGGCCCCGGGGGAAAGGAAGGGCUUUGAGCCACAUGAAGUAAACUUCCACCUGAGAGCAGGAGGGGAGGGGAGCAGCUGAGCCUGCACAUUUCUCUCAGUGCUGGAGUAGUGUUUUGACUGUCUUUUACCUUGCCAAAGUGUUCAGUUCCAAAUUCAAGACCUGCUUUGUGUGAGGAUGAAGGUGCUAAGGUGAGGUUUUCCUAUGCUAGCUUAAACUCUUAUAUUAUUUAAGAAUUCUGAGACAUCAAGAGUAGAUGCUGGUUUAAGACUUGGAUUUUAGCAGAUCCAAAUUAUUGUUCCAUCUCAAACAAUAGAAAUAGCUGCUGCUCUAACUUUGCUGUAUUUAUCAUUAUUUCUUAAAACUUUUUUAACUAUUAAAGAUAUUUUUCAUGUAUAUAAAAGCAGUCUUGGAUUUAAAUAUUUGCAGAUUAAAUAAUAAAGGUCUGUCUGUUCAUUGA